AUGUCCCUUUGUUAUGGCAAAAGGCGGGUCCCGGGGGUUUGGCGACGGGAUGAUUGGGGCGUCGGGCAGCUAGUGCGCAGACGUGCCGACCCGCGUCGGGAUUGGCGGGCGGGGGCGGGACUCCCACCUUGGCGCUUGCUCCGUGGGCGGCGAGGGCGGAGCUGCCGGGGUCAGUUGGUCCAAGAGUCGGGGCCUGAGGCGGCCUCCCGAUCCCUCCCCCUCCCGGCGCCUCUAUCGGCAGACCGCUCACCAAGAAUUUUGUAUCCAAGACCCCAAAGUUUGUUACCUAAGAUGAUGAAUGCAGACAUGGAUGCAGUUGAUGCUGAAAAUCAGGUGGAACUGGAGGAAAAAACACGACUUAUUAAUCAAGUGUUGGAACUUCAACACACACUUGAAGAUCUCUCUGCAAGAGUAGAUGCAGUUAAGGAAGAAAAUCUGAAGCUAAAAUCGGAAAAUCAAGUUCUUGGACAGUAUAUAGAAAACCUCAUGUCCGCGUCUAGUGUUUUUCAAACAACUGAUACAAAAAGCAAAAGAAAGUAAGGGAUUGAUAUCCCUUUGGUUUUAUGGAAUUGCUGCUGGUCCUUUUUUUUCUUUAAACUUUGGAUAGCUUCCAAAAGUUACAGUACUUUUGUUUGUGGCUUCACUGAAUAUUUAUGGAGAUGUCGUCAGAUCUAGGCAAAAUUAAGAGCAUAACAGAAGACUUCAUGAGUUUGUGUAUUAUGUUAGUCUAUGAAAAUGUGCAGAUGUAUUGUAGAGACUUUAUAAUUAGAAAUGCAUAUAUUUAUGAAACUUGAAAAUGAACGUUUUGCUGAAUUUCCUUUGAUUUAUAGGUUUAGCACUGUCUUUUAUUAGGUGUAGUAAGAAAAACAAGAAAAUAACCACCACGUUGUGACAAAGUGACCAAAUCAUGUACUGAAUGCGCAGCUUUGUGUCCUGUCCACCGUCCUGUGCCUCUGCUCCAUUUGCUUCUCCUUCCCAGGCCCCUUGGUUUCACAUUUGUAGACGUGAUUUCAUGAGUUAACCAUCUGUGAAAAUAACCUGAGCUUAAUUGUUGAAACGUAACCAAAAUAAGGUACGCUCAGUUAGGACUUUUUAACUUUUAGUAAUAGGGAUAGUAUUGAUGGUUUCUCUUUAAUCUACAAUGAUUUUUCCUCAAAGCUUAAUUGUCAAACUGGGUAACUUGGUAUAUGAACAGAUGAGUUCUGGUUACAUGUUUGAAAUUGAAAUUCUUGAAGAAAAAUGGAAGUUGGAGAAAAGCACUUGGUAAACAACUUCAAAUAUUUUUACAUAUUUGUGUUAUUUCUGGCACAAGUUAGAUCUUUGGGGGAUAUACAUGAGCAUGGAUUCUUUUACUAACCUGUGUAAGCCACAUCUCGAAAAGAAUACCGCAGAGUUUGGUCUUAAGGCUUAUUUGUAGUACUCAGAAGAUCAACUUUUGCACAAUCUCUUCAGAGUGUCCUAGUAUCAUAAUCAUGAAUAGAAUGGAAAGUUUUACAUGCAUACUAAUGGGUUUCCAGUAUUUUAUCUCACUACUCCAGCCGUUUUCUGCAAACCCAUUCUCUUAAGGUUUGCAGGGCUACAGUCAUUCUUUGGCAGUUUUUAAAAUUGUACUUUGUAAAUUCUGCUGGGUAAAGAAUUCAGUCUGAGGAAUGACGUUGACUAGGCAAAGCAAUGCCUGGUUUGGCUUGUGGUCGCCAGACUUGGGCUCCUUGUAGCCGUGGGCUAGACUGACGUUUGCACUGGCGUAGGGUCCAGAGACAGCUCGGCUGUGUGGACGCGAGUCUCACUGCAAACACUACAUUCUUUGAGAACUAAUUUACAAACAUUUAAAAUUGUGUUGCUGUUACGUUAUUGCUGUUUAAUAAAAAGCUGUUUCAGAGA